AGCGAUCAUUCCCUUAUCUGUCAUCAGCUGUGUGGUGCGGGAUAAGAGUAAAAAACUAAUCAAAUUAAGUAUUUCCCAAAAAGAUCAAAUGGUUCGGUUGUCUGUUUUCUCUUCGGAAUGAUUAUAACAGAAGAAGCUCCUAAAAUGUUGUUCAUUAAGUUACAUAGUUAUUUAGCAUGAUUAGAACCAGUCCUUCAAAAUGCACCAAGAAAUAAAUCGUCUUCAAACGUUUAGUGAAUGGCCCAGUGACGCACAAGUAAGUCCCCAAAGAAUAGCAAAGGCCGGCUUCUUUGCCACAAAACAAGGCUUAGAAGUGGAGUGUUUUGCUUGCCAUGCAAAGAUAUCAGAAUGGAAUUAUGGCGAUCAAGUCAUGACUAGACACAUAGCUUUAAACCGAGAUUGUCCCUUCGUACUGAAUCCCUCUACCUCAGGAAACGUUCCUAUAACAUCCUCUCGUGUACCUUCCACUUCGAUAAACAUGUACAGAUCGUCUGAGACUAGACUGGCCUCUUUUGAAAAUUGGCCUGCUGCUGAUAUUGUUACACCAGAUAGUUUGGUUCAAGCUGGCUUUUACUACCUUAAAGAGGGUGAUAAUACACAGUGUGCCUUCUGUAAAGGCGUUGUGAGAGCUUGGGAGGUUGGUGAUGAUCCAGAUACUGAACACCAGAGACAUUUUCCUAAUUGCCCAUUUGUUAUGGCUGUUAUUAAUCCUAGGCUCCAAGCAAGGAGAGGUAGUAAUGAUAGAAAUAAUCCGGAAAAUAAUCAAAUCGUUAAAGAUUCGUUCCCAAACAUCAAUGUAGUCGGAACCGAACAAAACCUAGGAGAGUUGGGAGUUCAGGCUCACAGGGGCCCAAAGAAAUCGAAUUUUGCUACCGUAGAAGCCCGACUACGUUCCUAUGUUGGAUGGUCCUCGGAUUUGAUUCAAACACCUGAAGUCCUCGCUGAGGCAGGCUUCUACUAUGAAGGAAUGGGCGACCAAGUUAGAUGUUUCCAUUGUGAUGGGGGGCUAAGAACGUGGGAUCCACACGACGACCCAUGGACUGAGCACGCGAGAUGGUUUCCGAAUUGUUCCUUCGUGAAGUUGGUCAAAGGACAAGAUUUCGUUACGGCUUGUACCAUUGGACAAACUACGGAUAGUAGUGUGAGACCUUCCGCUCAAAGAAUACAGACGACUCGAAUUCGAAGAGAAGUUACCGAACGAGAAAUCCAAAGUUACUUGACUAGUCCACAGGCGUUGGCCGCUCUCAGUAUAGGCCUCAAUGUCGAAAGGGUAAAACGUGCAAUAAGAGAAAAGUUGGAGCAGACCGGAAGGGCCUAUUCCCAACCAGACGCUUUAGUGGAGGCAGCUCUUAAUCUGCAACAUGAGGAAGAGGAUCCCAAUUCGCAUGAGCAUUACACUCCAAUAGAUCGUAGUCUUAGGAAUGUUGUGUGUGCAGCAAUGGAAGAGUGUAUCGAUCGACAACCUGAGCAGGUGCAGCAACCCGAGCCUGCACAGCAACCAGAAAUGGACGAGGCGUUUGAAGUAUCCCCCACCACAGCUCCAGAUGGCACUCCGCAGUUGCAUUACCAACUGGUAAAAACAGUAUCGCUGGAAGAAGAAAAUAGGAUUCUGAAAGAAGCUAGGCUGUGCAAGAUUUGUAUGGACAGCGAGGUGGGAAUAGUUUUCCUACCGUGCGGUCACCUAGCGACCUGCGUCAACUGCGCCCCUAAUUUAGAAGAUUGUCCUGUUUGUAGAUCUACUAUUAAAGCCACUGUACGAACGUUUUUCUCAUAAUUAUUCGAUGGUAUUAAAAUAAUUGUUUCCAUAAA